AUGGCUUCGGAAAUUCAGCGCAAGAGAUCCGUCGACGAGGUCGAAGAUCUCGAAAAGCCAGCUCAGCACUCUGAGCGAGUCGACAAGGAACUCGCGCAAUAUGUCUCAGACGUACGCAUCAACAUCUCGCCUGAGCGCAGUGCGGAGCUGCGAAAGAUGAUUGACAAGAGAGUCCUUGCUAUUAUGAUCUUUACGUACUUUCUGCAGGCUAUUGAUAAGGGGACGUUGUCGUUUGCGUCGAUUAUGGGGUUGACUGCUGAUACGGGGUUGGAGAAUCCUGAUGGGACUGUGUCUCAGCAUUUCUCGUGGCUUACGACUUGUAUUUACCUCGCUAUUCUUGUUGUCGAAUAUCCCCAGAACUGGCUCAUUGCCCGUGUGCCUAUCGCGAAGUACCUCUCCUUCUGCAUUGUCGCUUGGGGGGCUUGCCUAGCCUGUCACGCUGCUUGUCAAGACUUCAAAGGUCUCGUUAUCGUACGAACAUUACUCGGUAUCUUUGAGUCAGCCUGUCAACCAUGCUUCGUUAUCCUCUCAGCCAUCUGGUACCGCCGUGAGGAACAAGCCUCCCGAGUCACCUACUGGUACAUGAUGAACGGUGCUCAACAGAUCGUCGGCGGUCUUCUCGCCUACUGUUUCUCCCUCAUCAAAACCGGCCCCCUCAAAUCCUGGCAAUGGCUCUUCCUCUCCUACGGCGUAAUCUCCGUAGUCUUCGGUGUAUUCGUCGGAUGGUGGAUGCCUGAUUCCCCCAUGCGAGCCAAAUGCUGGACUGAACAGGAAAAGCACGAGAUGGUUGAGCGUGUGCGCGAUAACCAGACUGGUAUCCAGAACAAGACGUUCAAGAAGGAGCAGUUCAUCGAGGGUCUCAAGGAUCCUCAGGUUUGGGGCUAUGCUCUCAUCGCGCUGUGCACGACACUUCCCACAUCGGGACUCGGUGCGUUUGCGAAUAUUAUUAUCAAGAGCUUUGGGUUUAGUACCCUUGAGACGCAGUUGUUGGCGAUGGUGUUGGGCUUUUACAUCGUUAUUGUGCUUCUGUCGUCGGCUUGGCUUGUCAAGAAGACGAGCCAGAACCUACUGGUCAUGCUUGGCUUCUGUAUCCCGUCCUUCAUUGGCACAAUCCUCCUCAUGACCCUCCCCAACAAGACAACAGCGCAACACAUCGGCCUUUUGAUUUCAUACUACAUCACCCUAUCCUUCUGGUCCGCCCAAACCCUCGCCCUCUCCAUGAUCUCCCGAAACAUCGCCGGCCAAACAAAGAAGACCGUCGCAGUCGCCACCAACUUCAUCGUCUGGGCAGCCGGUAACGCUAUCGGUCCUCAGGUCUUCCUCUCCCACGACGGGCCACGCUACUUCAUCGCUUUCGCCACUCAUCUCGGCUGCUACUGUCUUCUUGUCAUCGUUAUCGUCUCUCUGAGAUGGUAUCUUCGACGAGAGAACAAGAAGCGCGAUGCGUUGGCGGAGUCGGGUGUCGCGGAGGCUAGCUCGACUUACACGGGACAGGCUUGGGAGGAUCUCACAGAUAAGGAGAACCUGAGCUUCCGUUAUGUGUACUAG